CCUUCUAGGUCGAACAAACGGUUACAACAGACGCAGGCUCAAGUAGAUGAGGUGAAGUAGCCUCACAUGUUGCAUGUUUAGUUAAAAGAAACUGGUAAAACUGAAGCUUUUCGGACUAAUCCUGUCACGUAAAGCAAGCUCAAAUUUCUCUGUAAAAUACAGCGGAAAACCGAGGCCAUAUUUACUCAUAGGGCUUUUUUUUGGCCUGGACCUGAUUACAGUGUAGUGAUUACACUUCAUUUAGAUCUGUCUUGUUUUGUUACUGUUGUUUUUUGUAGGUGGUAGACAUUAUGAAAGUUAAUGUCGACAAAGUGUUGGAAAGAGAUGCAAAACUGUCAGAGCUUGAUUCUCGCGCUGGUAAGAAAUUUGAUUUAUUUUGAUUAUUUUUGUUUUUUUUCUCAAAUUAAUGUUUAUUUACUAGAUAAUAAGGGAAUAGACCAUCAAAAUUAAAGAUUGAUUCCAAAAUCUGUAGCUGCAAGCCGCUGACAUGUUAAACGCAACAUCAUACAAGUUAAUUUUAGCAUUGAUCUCAGCUUCUUUGACCAAAUGACGUUGGUUCACCAAGAAUUUAAUUUAUAAUCGCAGCAGCGUAAAAGCUACCAUAAUCUGAUGGUGCUAAUUUCUGGAAGUCAAUGUGGUUAGUUAUAAGUCCGUUUUAAAUUAAGCUUGUAGUUAUUAUAUCGCUGAAAUACAAAACUGUACAACGUUUUGUUCAUAUUGGCUUCCUCAGUGACCUUAUAUUGUAAACAUCUGAGAAAGUCAAGAAAGUCUUCUGUGAACAACUCAUUUCCAAGCAUAAUUUUCCAAUAUUACCAUUGUUGUCCAGAAGUGCAAAUUGAAAAUCAGAGCAACUUUUAUUUUUUCCCAUGACAAAUUUACAAUAAUUUCCCCAAAAUCCCCAAAUAAAAAUAUUUAUUUUUACUUUAUUAUGCCAUUGUAUUGUCAUGCUAACAAUACUCAAAGGCUGAAUGGGCAAAAAGUGUCCUAAUUCCUUAAAUUCUAAAGUUGCUUUUUUUGAACAUACACUUCAUGUUAGUACUUGUUGGAGAUGAGCACUAAAAACCACAAGCAUUUACUUUAGCCAUGCCCUUAAGUGUUUCUUUUUCCUCCCCCAAUGGAUCCAAUUUUUUGAAAACAAGAAACAAGUGAUAACAAUUUCUUGUUUUAUUAUAUCCUGGGGCACAAACUUACUACAACUUCUUUUGAUAAAUAAAUAAAAAUAUUACUUUUUGUAGUUACAAUUUUAGUAUUAUUAUAUAUUUCAAUAGCAUUAUUAAUUUGUAAAGCUGGGUUUCAUUUGAGAAAAAAGGGAAAGACAUAGUCUUGUGGCAUAUUAGUAAAAUUCUGAUGUUAAAACAUUCACAUGGACUACCUUCAGUAAUGUGAUUCUGCAGCCAGAAAUGACCCUUUUUAUGCCAGAUGAAACAUUAUCAGGCAUCAUCGUAGGUUUCUCUGAUUUCUUUUUUUUUUUUGUUUUCUCUAAAAAUCUUUCACUGACAACUUAGGGUGUGUUCCUUUCGAUGAAUCCAAAAACGGAUUUUAGAUCUAAAAACGGAUUUCGCGUUCCUUUCGGCAAAUCCAAAUCCAGAUUUUUGAUCUGGUGAAUCCUUUUUGAAAAAGGAUUCAUUGGAUUUGAAAUCCGAAGAAUCCAAAUCCAGAUUAACGGAUUAGUGAUCUACGCUGUUCCAUUCACAGUGGAUCCGAAAUUAGUCAGAUGAUCCAGCGGUAUUUCCAGUUUAAGUAUUCCCAUAGAGGCCGCAGAGUUUCCUCGUUGCUGUCAUUUGCCGCAAAAUAUCUGAAAACAUUAGAAGAUUGUUCCUGGUACAUUAAAAUAUCCAUAUACUAACCAUUUGUCUCUAAAGAUUGCUUGAAAUCAGAAAUAAGUAAAAGUAACAAAUGAACUGCUAUCUAACUACAAACUCGCUUGUAGACGCGACAGGCAUUCGAUCGUGCUACAUAAAAAAAAUCCGAGCUAUGGAACUGGAUCAAACUGGCCGACAUUCUUUAGAUAAUUUCCAAUUUUAAUGCGCUUUUUUCUUCGUCUGCUUUAUAUGUUCCAUCGUCGCUAUUCGAACUGCCGACCACUAAAUUCUGCACGGUAUAAUCGCAUAAUUUGUCAAACAGUAGAAAACACGUCAUUUUUUAAGAGGCUGUCGUGCAUAUUGCACGCGUUGGCGAAAGGUUACCAAGGUUACAGAUCCAAUUUCGGAUUUCACGUUCCUUUCGACCGAGAAAUCUGGCAAAUCUGGGAUCAAAAAUCCGUUUUUGGAUUCGCCGAAAGGAACACACCCUUAAACUACAUUGUGUCAUUCAGGGUUGUGUUCAAGGCAGUGUUGAUAGACUGUAGGAAUAUAAUAUUACGUAAAUUUUAUAAUAGUACACACAACUGUGUCUAUUGUGUGUAUUUAAAGAUUCUGAUAUGUUGAAAAUUGAAAAUAUGUACAAGUUAAAAAUAAAGCUCUACAAAGUAAUUUCUGGACGUUAUUUAGCUCAUCAUAAACCAAGCUUUGGAACUCUAAAAAUGAAAGUCUGAUCGUCUGGAAUUUAUGAAUCAUUUCCCCUUUGUACUCUGUUUUCCUUUUUUCUAUAAAAAGAAGCAUGUCACAUUUGAAAAUUCCAUUCCAAUAUAAAAGUAAGAGCCUUGGAUUUCCACUCAAAAUUCCAUUUUUUAUAUUUAAUUUUUUUUUCUCUCCUUUAACCCAUUCGCUCCUGGAGAUUUUGCCGAAAAACGCGUUUUGAAGCUAGUCGAGUGGUUUUCUGGUCACUGUCGUGCUAUAAAGAGCUAAAACUUACCACAAACCGGUUUACAGGUCGUACACUUGGCGGCCUUCUGAUCCAGAUGCAAAAUAUCAGCUUGCGAAGUUCGGGCAUGCGCAGAAAGCAAAAUUUCGACAUAGUUUUUGGGUUUAAAAGUGACACAGCAGUCUUGACUUUUACUUUUCGCUUUCUCUCCUCCCUUCUUUUUUCGCUUUUCUUGCCUCAUUUUUUUUUCUCUUGCUGGGCAUUUAGUAGGCUUCAUUUUGGUGGGAAGAGUUUUUAGGAAAGCUUUUAGGAUCUUAGGAUUAGGUGAAAGGAAAGGUAGGUGGGUAAUGGAACAAGAUUUUCAUGGAGAUUUUCAGGUCCUUGUCACGUGGUUUUUUGCUUCUUUCUCCGGUGUCCUUGACUGAAUUGUGCUCAUUCUGGUAUGGUUUGAAAGAUCUCUUCACUCUGCACAAGUUAGCGAAGAAAGUUGUCCUUGACCGUUAAAACUGGUGACGUCACAAAGGGUAGAAAGGACCUGGAUCCGCAUGGGCGAUUACGGGCGGUUCAGGGGCGAAUGGGUUAAUUAGCAUUUCCCAGCCGAUGAAUGUCUCCUCUCUUUCCUUCCUAUAUGUUAACCUAACUCUUGAGACUUGGCUUUUUGCUCUUGCUUCUUAAAAUAAUAAUUCAGCCCCUUUUUUGUUUUUAAAUUCACUGAUUGUUGUAAGCUGCUAUUGAUCUUUUGGGAAAAGAAUGCCAUUGAAGUCUGUUAAGCAUUUUUUCUGCAUAAUCAUCCAAAUAGGCCUUUUGCAUUAGUUGAUUGCGUGAUCAACUUUCGGUAAACGCGAAAACAGUUCGCUUUUGAAACAUUUUGCUAGCACGAGCUGAAAGAGCAUAUUAAAAUUAGCCAACCUGUACAUUUUCAGCCGUAUAUCUCAAAAGUAGCGAUUGUAUGAGAAAAACAACUCUUGCCUCCUGGAGUUGUAUGGAAAACCACUCAGGCAUGACUGGGUGGCAAGCCUUUUUUUUUUUCAUACAAAUCCUUAUAACUUUCGGUGGCCGUUGCAAUUGCUACUUUUGAGAUAUACGGCUGAAAGUUUACAGGUUAUGUACGGUCUUUCAGCUCAUGCUAACAAAAUGUUUCAAAAGCAUACGGUUUUCAUGUUUACGGAAAGUUGAUCACGUGAUCAACUAAUGCAAAAGGCCUAUUGUUUGGUGCGAUUGGAAGGAUCAAGAUUAUCCCAGCAAUAGUACAUGGUAAUAAUGUUUGGCUUGUCAACAUUGUGUUAGUACUGUUUCCAUGAUAUGAUGAACUUAAUCGCAAGAACCUACUUCUGAGGUGACCUGGGUGAUCAAAGCAACCUGAGCUGUUAUAAUUUUAUGAAAACCAUGCUCUACUCCAAUAAUUUUGACCUACAACAAUGAUACUUACAAUAAACAAAUUUUUAGGGUGUUCCUUGGUAUGAGAAUAAUUUAUUAUUGUACCCUGCUUGAGAGGGAUUUCAAAGCAAAAGCACAUAUUGAAUUCCCUGUGAAUUGCCUCUCACUUUAGGGUACUGGCACCUUACUUUUCUUUUCUAUGAAACUGUAUUACAGUACCAUCUAUUGUUAUUAUUAUCUUUAUUAAUGUUAUUAUCGUUAUUAUUUUUAUUAAUGUUAUUAUUAUUAUUAUACUAUAAAAGGUUUCAAAAUAGCAGCCUGCACUUUGACUGCACGACGACUUUUCACCAAAGAAAUAGAAAAUGUCAUGCUUUGAUUGGCCAACUGAAAUCAAACUCGCUGUAAUGUUGUAAUAAACAUUUCAUAUCAGACAAUAAACAGCCAAGAAACGUUUUAAAAACUUUUUGGAAACGUUUUAAAAUGGGUAGAAAGAGUAGAAAAAGGUUUGGAAAUUUAAAGUGUGCUACAAAAGUUGAAAAGGAGAAUUCUUGUUCACCAUAAACGACUAAUUAUUUUACGUGUUUGUUCAAGCAUGAAACAUGCAAGUUUGUCUAGACAAACUGUUGCAUUACUGCCUUUUUGUUUCUGCACUUGUAAUCAAGAUUUAUUUUGCACAAAAACUUGUUUAGUGCUGUUUGUGAAGCCUUUUCCCUUGUUCAAGUUAAAGUCAGUUUUGUAUUCAUAUUGUUCGACAACACAGAUUUCCCAUGUUUGUUCUCCGCCCUGGUUUGUGAGUGAAGACGCACCACGGUUUGUCUUUAUCUGAUGGGGAAUUGUUGCAAUGAAAUACAUUAAUCAAAAUGAACAUUCUGACCUUGACAUUAUUUUGGCAGUUCAAAGCAUGUGUUUUGUGCCUUUUAAGGUUUCUGAAGGAAGAAAGUGAAAUUUCAAUUCAGAAAGAUUUUGGUUACAUGUCAUACACGCAAAUUUGCGGAAAGUGGAAACAAGUGAUUCAUUAUUGACAACUGGGAAAAAGUAAGCCUUGACAAGAAAAAGCCUACAGAUUAAACCUAAAAGCUGUCAUUUUAUUUUGAACCCUGUAUAAGUUGAUAAUUCCUGAUUCACCCUUUUGCUGCACUGUGGAUGUUAAACAAAAGGAAACAUAACACUCUUUUUUUUGUCAUCAGAUCAGCUGCAAGCUGGAGCCUCGCAAUUUGAGCACAGUGCCGCAAGACUGAAACGCAAGAUGUGGUGGCAGAAUUGCAAGGUUUGUUCAUUUCUGUAUUGACUGCUUUACAUUUUGAUGAACCUGUGGCACAAGCCCCUCUUUUGUGUUUAAUUUAAAGGCUAGUUUUCACUAGCGACGGAGUCAGAGUAGUAAGUGGAGUCGUUUUAAUUUAUUUCAAAUAUUGCUCACUGGAAGUCAUGCCCUAAAAAUUUUGUUUUAUUACCCCCAUUAAAUGAAAUAAAAUAAGUAAUCACAUCAAAUAAAGCUAACAUGGUCUUUUUGAGUGUUCCAAAGUUGGUUCCUCAAUUAAUUUUCAAAGUCAAUAUCCUCGGCAUCAGAUCUUGAGUUUUGCUGGAUCAGACUCCACUUCAACUUGACAGGGAGAGGAUAAAAGAAAAAAAAUCCAACAUUUUCUAGUCACCCAAGAGCAACAUUAAGGGGCCAGUGGCCACCAGGUAUUGCUAGAGCACAGCCCUGAUCAUCGGAUUUUUUGGGGAAGAAGGGGAAUAGACUAAAAAAAGUUUUCUUUGAACGUUAAGGAUUUCAUGUUAAACUUCGUAACGUACUUGCUCUAAACAGCUUCUUAGCUGUAUUUAAAAAUAUUGUAUCUCCACGUGAAAUCUCCAGGUGUGGUAAAAUAACUAAAACUUCUUAUGUGGCAUGUUCUCUUGUUGAUUUUUUUCCAAAUGUUUUGAUCCUUGGCACCUGUUAGUGGCUUUGUAGAAGGAUAUAAUUUUCUUCUUUUUUUCUGUUCUUUUUAUACAGAUGUGGAUCAUUCUCAUUGUGGUCAUUGUUGUUAUUAUUGCUGCCAUUGUCAGUAAGUGUACAUGUAAAUAUAUUGAAUGA